UCACACACACUGCUCGCUCAUGCUGUAAACGUGAAACACUCUUGCUUUAUACCGGUCUCUGGAGAGAAGUUUGAGAAGGUCUCAUUUUAAUUCUUACAUUUGCUUCCAGUUGAGAUCUUUAGGGUGGCCUUCACCUGACUGCACAGUUUUCUUCUUGUACACACGUGUAGCUCCUUGGCGGGUAGAAUUGCUGACCCGCCAUGUUUCUGGUUUUGGUGGUGACCGAUGAGUUGAGGCAGCUCCUGGCCAGGGCACGGAGUGGGACUGGGCGUCUCAUCCAGGUGUUGAUUCGAAACGAGCAGCUGGUUCUGGGUGCAUACCGUGAGCCAUCUCAGUCCUGGGACAAAGAUUAUGACCGCUUCCUGCUUCCUCUACUUGACCCCCUGGAGCCUUGCUACAUUCUGUAUCGCCUUGAUUCCCACAAUGCACAGGGAUACGAGUGGAUCUUUGUUUCUUGGUCACCUGACCAGUCUCCAACCAGACAGAAGAUGCUGUAUGCUGCCACUCGUGCGACAAUAAAGAAGGAAUUUGGCGGAGGACAUGUUAAAGAUGAGCUGUUUGGCAAUGUGGUGGAGGAUGUAUGUCUUCAGGGUUACCUGCGUCAUGUAUCAUCAAUCUCUGCUCCUGCUCCUCUCACACAUGCUGAGCAGGAGCUGCAGAGAAUCAAAACCACAGAGUGCAAAGUUAAGCAGGUUAUUACAGAGAUGAGUGUGGAAACUAAGCCUCAGACCUUACAGGGCCUGGCCUUUCCGCUACAGCCAGAGGCUAAACACGCUUUACAGCAACUUGCUAAGAAACGCAUUAAUUACAUCCAGCUGAGGUUGGACACUGAGAAAGAGACCAUUGAGCUGGUGCACACCCGACCCACAGAGACACAUGAUCUUCGCAGCAGGAUUCCUACAGACACACCACGUUAUCAUUUCUUCCUCUAUAAGCACUUGCAUGAUGGAGUCUACCUAGAGUCUUUUGUGUUCAUCUACUCAAUGCCAGGCGAUUGCUGUGCCGUGAAAGAGAGGAUGCUGUAUUCCAGCUGUAAGAGUCGACUGCUGGAGGAGGUGGAGCGAGACUACCAUAUCGAGCUGGUCAAAAAGUUGGAGAUAGACAGCGGGGAUGAGUUAACGGAGCAGUACUUGUAUGAGGAGAUCCAUCCUAAGCAGCAGGCUCACAAAGAGGCAUUCGCCAAACCUCGUGGUCCCGCAGGGAAGAGAGGACAUAAACGGCUGAUUAAAGGAGUGGGAGAGAAUGGCGUGAACAGCUAGACUGGCACUAACAAUAGGAACAGGUCCCCAUUCUUCCCUCAAAAAAUAUGAGGAUUUUGCUGUGUUAGGGCAUAAAAGAUGAAAGAGGUUGUAAUGUCCUUUCCAGUUGUUUUUAUUCUUUUGAUUGUGAUGCUUUUUUUAAAAAAUGCCUUUUAUCUUUAAUAACUUGAGUUUCAUACAUUAUAUUUCUUUUAUUUAAAUUUGUGUAUACGCAUAAAGAAAAAAGAAAACUCAGGAAUGGAUUCUAUAUUUGUAAAUUGUUUCCACUUUUUAUUCAGUUAGAAAUCAACACAUAACUUGAUAGUUAAUUCUGAGCGGACUGGUGUACAAUUCAUAUUUAAAUGUGUUUAUUGAUUUUAUUAUGCACAGCACUAUAAAACAUUACCAAAAAUAGCAGAUCUGGACUCAGUAGAAUGUGAAUUUUGUAUGAAUCAGAAAGACUUACUCCAGCUGUGUUUUAUGACUGAUUGAAUUGGUGAUAAUUUGCUUUAUUGUAUUGGCUUUGAAAAGCUAAACCGUGUAUGCAUAUUUAUUUCAGUGACAUGUAAAUCUUUCUCACUGUUUUGUGUCAUAUUCAUUUGUGCAAAUACUGUAGCUGUUCCAAAUGAAAAUAGGAACUAAAGAACAAAUUAUUUAUAUGAUUUAGGAUGAAGAUAGUUGGCCAUAUAAUGAUGAGGAAAAUAAUGUAAACCAAUGUUUUAACAUUGAAAGAAAAUGUGAAGAGGGUAUGUAAACUUAACUCAGAGAAUUUAUUACCUUUCCAGAUAACUCUAUAAUCACUGAUAAUUUAAUGAAUUUUCACCAAAACAA